GCCGCCGGCCCCGGCACGUGAUCCGGGACCCGGUCGGUCGGUGGCUCGGUCCGCCAGCCCGCCUGCUCAUCCGUCUGUCUGUCGUUCUGUUAGUCCGUCCUCGGGAGCCAUCAUGGCGGAGGCGGCCAGUCAGGUGCUGUUGGGCUCCGGCCUCACCAUCCUCUCUCAGCCGCUCAUGUACGUGAAGGUGCUCGUACAGGUUGGAUAUGAGCCUCUUCCUCCAACUAUGGGAAGAAAUAUUUUUGGUCGUCAAGUCUGUCAACUCCCUGGUCUCUUUUGUUAUGCUCAACAUAUUAUGACUAUCGAUGGAAAAUGCGGACUCUUUAAAGGUCUAACUCCCAGACUGUGUUCUGGAGCCAUUGGAACUGUGGUCCACAGUAAAGUUUUGCAGCGGUACCAAGAUUGUGACAAUGCUGAGGAGUUAAAACAAGGACUUGCAACUCCUCCUCAGAAAGAUGCCCCAUCCACCUUUGACAGGGUUAUCAAGGAGACUACUCGCGAGAUGAUGGCUCGUUCUGCUGCUACCCUUGUCACACAUCCCUUCCAUGUGAUUACCCUGAGGUCUAUGGUACAAUUCAUUGGCAGAGAGACCAAAUACUGUGGACUGUGUGACUCCAUAAUAACCAUUUACCGGGAGGAGGGCAUCCUAGGAUUCUUUGCGGGCCUUAUUCCUCGACUUCUGGGGGACAUCAUUUCCUUGUGGCUUUGUAAUUCAUUGGCCUACCUCGUCAAUACCUAUGCACUGGAGAGUGGGGUUUCCACCAUGAAUGAAAUGAAGAGUUAUUCCCAGGCUGUCACUGGAUUCUUUGCCAGUAUGCUGACCUAUCCCUUUGUACUUAUCUCCAACCUGAUGGCUGUCAACAACUGUGGGCUUGUUGGUGGAUGCCCUCCUUAUGCGCCGAUUUACUCUUCCUGGUUAGACUGCUGGUGCGCGCUACAAAAAGAGGGAAACCUGAGCCGUGGAAAUAGCUUGUUUUUCCGGAAGGUCCCCUUUGGGAAGACUUACUGUUGUGACCUGAGGAUGUUAAUUUGAAGAUGUGGGGCAGGGGCAAUGACAUUUCUGUAGUCCCAGAUGCACAGAAUUAUGGGAGAGAAUGUUGAUUUCUAUACAGUGUGGUGCGCUUUUUUUUAAUAAUCAUUUAAUCUUGGGAAAAUGGAGGUGUUUGGUGUCUGCCUUUUUUGUUCAUUUCCCAAUGCAAACUGCUUUACUGCUGAGAUCCCCAGUGAUUCUUUCUCCUGAAAUGGGCAGUUUUGCUUUGGGUUUAGAGACGAUUUACAUCAAGCAAAAUUGCACUUUUCUAGAGGAAUGGGCAGGUUAUUAUGGAGUUUAAGCCUCAGUUAAAGGCUUUUUAAGAAUGAAGAAUCAAAAAAAAUAAUUUUUUUAAAAAGAAUGAAGAAUCAUUCAGUCCCAAACAGGAAUAGAAACACCUUGUGAAACUUCAGAGAAAUUAAUAAAGCAACUUUCUAGGAGAUGAA